AUGGGCAGGAUAUCGUCCAAGACUUAUAUCAGGCUUCAUGCCCUGUUCCAGGUGGCGCUGGCCAUCUAUCUGACCACCUCGCGCGAGACCGUCAGCGGCGCAGAGCUGGUGUACAAAGUCCAGGACGACCUGAGGAUUCCGUUCAACCUCCCGCGGUCCCCGUUUGCAUACUGCGGCAUUCUUCUCCUCUCGUUUGCCCUCUUCGACCUGACGCUGGCCAUCAAGCUGCCUACGCUGAACCAUAUACUGGCCGUGGCAGAGUUCAUCCAUCGCCAGCAGCUACGGCAGCAGCAGGAGCGUCAGCAGAGAGAAUCUCUCCUUCGGUCCCGGUCGUCUGCCUUUACUCCAAUAAUCUCGAGGUCGAGGCCGCCAUAUACCCGACCAGCGUCCACGCGUACAUCUUCCUCGUCUUCAACUGCAUCGACUGCGUCAGACUCAUCCACGUCGACCGAGCUCAACGACGCAGCGUUGAAGAUCACUGCUGAAUUCUCCUCUCUCUAUCGCCAGCUGUGUCUUCUCCUGAUCACGCUUCGAUCAUGGAUCUUCAUGAUCGUGUCGUUGCGGAUAUAUCUCUCUCCUGAUACGGAAUGGGGUGCGGUAUCCACGGCCGUGCCAUCCACAGUCACGACAAUUGGCAUGCCGGGAACGAGCACCAUGGGUGCAGGCAGCGUGGCGACUCCUUUCCACAACGCUGGGAGGACGAUACUAUGGCUUGAUGAGAACAUGCAUCUCAGCGGAACCGGGCUCAACACUGCAGCUGCUGUGUCCGGUCCUGUAUCUGGGGUCGAUGUGGGUGAUCUAAAGAGGAAGAUCGUGUUGGGCUACGGGGUGCUAGAACUGAUGUUUUCAUGCUGGAUAUUGUUUGCACUCCGGGAAGAGAAGAGACGGGCUGAGAGUCACCUUCGGUCUGUCGGUGUGGGCGUAGGUGCUGACAUGGUUGCGGCUUUGCGAUGA